AUGUCGGACUCCGAACAACCCAUUCUCCAAGCAAUAGAAAACGGGAAUUACAAAAUUGCUCAGACAUUGCUACUGAAGAAGUUGAAAAAGUACCCAAAUAAACUGUACUACUAUGCUCUCAAUAACUAUAUUCUUUUCAAGCAAGGUAAAGUGAAAGAAGCCGUACAAGAAUCUCUCAAACUAAAGGAAAAGACACCAAGCGAUCCGCAAACUUUGAAACUCUUAUAUGAGAUCCUCAAAUCUACGAAUCACAAGCAAGAUGCUACCCAAGUCUUUGAGAAUGCCAUCAAGAAGUAUGCGAACCAUGAUUUGAUUUUUGCCUGGUUUGAAUUGGCUUUGAAAGACUUUGAUAUAAGAUCAAUCCAAAAGAGUUCUAUGGCAUUACAAAAGUUCCUGAAGUCAAGAAAAUACACUUUGUGGGCUGCUUUCACUUAUUAUUUACAAAGUGUUCAAGCUGAUGCCACCACCGUUGAAAAAUCUCUCUACCCAAAAGUUGGCUUGAAACUCGUAGAAACAUUAAAACCUUAUCAAAAUGAACAAGAAGUAUACAUUUAUGUGAAGAUUUUAUAUAAUAUAGGCAAUUUUGAAGAAGCUGUUGUUUCAAUUGAAGAAUUCAGCAAGGGAAGAAAAUUCGAUUUGGAGUUGCAAAUUAUUCUUUUAGCAUGUCUUAGUGAACUAGAAAAUUGGGAAUUACUAUACAGAUAUAGUUAUCAAAUAUUGUUUGAAGAUAAAUUAGAUGAUUUUGAUACUUGGAAGUACUUAAUUAAAGCAUCGAACAACAUCGGGAAGUCAGAGGAAGUUGCUGACCAAUUAAAGGCAUCAACUUCCAGAAAUUCAAGAUUGGCUAACCUAAUUUACUCUAAGGACAUUAUGAAAUCAAAAACUUCUUUCCAUGAAGCUUUAGUUGCUUAUUAUAAUGAGUAUAAGUAUAAGUUGUGUUGCUUCAAUGAUAUCAAUUAUUUCUAUAAAAGCGAACCUACUUAUUUUGACAAAAAUGCAUUUGAGACUUUGAUCAACAGUACCAGUCAAAAAAAUGUGAGUGGUGGUGAAUUCAAUGAGAAGGAAUUAAAUGCAUUGGUCAACAAUCAAAAAUUCAAUAAACUAUUAGGCAAAACAGAAGAUCUUUUGACCACCAACUUUGAAUACUAUAACCUUUUCCAAUCAGUUUUGCUCAAGAAAGAUGAGAAGGACUAUUUUGCUGGAGAUGAGUUCAUCCUCAUGAAUGUUGAAAUACUUCUUGAGAACGGUGUCUCUGAGGAUAAACUUAUAGAAAAUGUUUUCAAGUCUAUUGUCAUACUAGAAAAUUCUGCUAAGCAUGAUGAUCAUGAAUUCAGGCUAAGAUUAUGGCUUAUGAAAAUUUAUUCAUAUAUCAAUUGCAGCUCUUUAGUAAAUGCCAAUUUUGAUCACCUUGAUAUUAAAAUGAUACAAAAUGACACCCUAUCACACCAUAUUAGCACUAGAAUUUCAUCUCUUAAUCCAAACCAGUUGAUGUUGCAACAACAUUUAAUAUCAAUUCAGAAGUUUUACCUCACUAUCGAACAAGAAGUAGAGGACAUGGUUAGUAAUGGUUUCGAACAGCUAGUUUUAAAUAAAAUUGAAGGGUUUUUAGAAUUUGGUACAAAAAUCAACAAUUCAGUGGCUAAAAUGUUAAAUCUUAUUGAAAUGCUAAGGAUGAGCAAAAUAAUUGGAAAUAAUCAAAUUAUACAUUACAGCAUGGAAGCAUUGAAAUCACAAGAUCCUCUUCUGGUUCCUGAAUUAUAUGACAAUAGAGAUUUUAUCAGUGAAUGGAAAUAUGGAGCCCAAGAAAUCAAUGAACUAGUCCACAAUUCUGUUUCAAUUGGACCAAAACAAUCUUCUGAGUACGUUAAAUCCUAUUAUUUAAGAGAAUUAAUUCUUCAGGAAACUCAUGCGGAUAAAUCUAAACAAUUGAUUACCAAGUUAAAUAAAUUAUUGAAUGAUGAGACGACGCAGAGACAACUCACCAGCACUGAAAGCUGGUCUUACAAAAUCUACUUGAGCUUAUUCAAAAUCUAUAUUGUUAAUCCAGAUAACGAUGCGGAUUUCAAUUUCUUAAUUAAGAACUUAUCCAUCAAUAAUAUUAAGAAUAAAGUGUUUAAAGUCGGUGAACUUACUGAUCACUCUUUCUUACUCAGUUGGGAGGUAAAUCAUAAACUACUUACAGUUUUAGAAUUGGUACGUAAUAUUAAUUUAUUUACGACUAUGCAUCAUUUACCAAAGCAAUAUUCACCCAAAGUAGCAGAAUUGAAAAAGGCAAGCUCAAGUUUAUUAGAAGAAUUAAGGGAUUUAAAGAGAGAAAUAGAUGAAAAUGUUGAAUCGGCAUUAAAACAGAUUGAAAAAUCAGUUAAGGAAAGUCUUGUCGACAAUGCAGAUAUUUCACCAAAAGUAAUUCAAAAUACUUUUGCUAAGAUCAGUACAUCUUUGCAAGAAUCUUCUUUGUCAAGAAGAAUCCCAUGA